AUGUCAGUCCAGAGUGUCUUCGAUGCCUUCACCCAUGGGUCGGCAGCGAUGGACGGCCGGACAUUUGUGAAGGUGUGCAAGGACUGCAAGAUAUUCUGCAAGCUGUACACAACUACUGACGCGGACCUUAUAUUUGCCAAGGUGAAACAGAAGGGAGCCAAGACCAUUACCUCGGCAGAGUUCGAGCAAGCACUGCAGCUGAUUGCGGAAAAGAAGAAAAUUGGCUUCCAGGAACUCGUCUCCCAGCUCACCAACGCUGCUGGCCCCGUCUACACUGGCACCAAAGCCAUGGCGAACAAGUUCCACGACGACAAAAGCCUCUACACAGGAGUGCACGCACAUGGAGGCCCCAGCACAAAAGAUGACAAGGUUAAUGACCUCUCGAACCUCCUUGACCGGAGUCCCGCAGACGUCCGCGGAACCAAGAUGUGA